AUGUACGCCAUGGGCCUCGAUGCCACAGCCUACCCGCAUGGACCGCAUGGAGGUCUGAGCUGGCCUUCUGCCAUGCGAUCCACCUUCACAGCUGCAGAUGACCUCCUGAGAGGCUCUGAAGGGAGAGCACCUCCUCUUCCGCACCAGUAUGCGCCACCUGGCAAGUUCAUCUUCCGGCCUCGCACCAGCCGAGUCAACUGGCGCUUGCUUCACUCCUUAGACCUGGACAGAGUUAUCCGGGAAGGGGACGUCGACAUGAUACAGGCCCAUAUGGAGAACAUCACUUUCGCUCGCUUCAGCCGCGAAGACUUGGAAGUGACCAGUGAUGAGUGUAUUAUAAAGGUGGUGCAACUCUCACAGCUUUGUAUGGAGUUUCUGAUGGCCACGUGCUCAGCCUCGCAGCACCUUAUUCAGGGGCUUACCGAGCGUGUGCGGGUCCAGGCUGCCCAGCUCAAAGUGGCAGAUACCCGCCGGCGUAGCGAAAGGCCCUCUCGACGGCCACCCCCAGAGCGAGCACCCAUGCCACAGGUGUUUGUCCGCAAGUGUCCGCAUUGUCCAAAACGAUUCCAGACCGAGCAAUAUCUCUACGAGCAUAUGUCUCGGCGCCAUAUCGCUGAUGUCUUCGAGCCUCCUCCGCUCUCAAACACGCGACUGCAGGAAAAGCCGCCAGAGCCGGAGCCUGUCCUAAGUCCCGGUCGAGCAGGACUUGAUAGCUCUGAGAUCUCAGAGGCCUUGUCAAACCUUCCGUUGCUGGAUGCGUUGAGUUGUGAUAUCGCCAACAAAGUAGGCAUUUGCCGGCACUUGGUGCAGUUCCUCACUGAUGCAGUCUCUAAGUUCAAGGCUCACUCCGCCACCAUGGCGUGUCGGGCAUGCUAUGCUAUUCAGUAUGUCUCCUCACGCGAGGAAUGCCAAAGCUUUGCCCAAGAACUGGGUCAUGAGUUCUAUGCUCACAGGUCAGAUUUGCAGCCAGAACGCUGCAUCACAUUUGAUGACUGCUCCGCCCCUGCAUACAGCACAUCCUUCUGGAAGCUCUACACCAAGCCUGUUCAUGGUUCAAGCCAGGAGGUGGACGCAGUCAACGCUAUUGAUGGUGAUGGUAUUUGUGUUGACACUUGGCUACCCGAAUGGACAGAGGAUGCCACCAAAGCCUGCGAGAGCUGGGCACGAGAUCGAAAAUGGGGAGCCCUACGGGCAGGACGAAGCUUGAAGAAAGCCUGCGAAUCAUUUUGGGCGCAGCUGAAUUGUGCAAAAACCUGCGGCUGUCCAGCAGACACUGCAAGUUCAGGUGACAAGAUAGAGGAGAUCCCGGACACUUCCGUCACCAAAGUUGUUAUGUCAGUGGAGGCUUGCAAGGAUAGAUGGCUGCCCGAUUGGGCCACCAACUCUAGCCAUGCGUGCUCCGCUUGGGCACAGGCAUCCUGGGGAGCUUUGCGUGAUGGUAGCCUGGCGGAGGCUUGUCGGAGCAACUGGGCGCAGGAGAGCUGUGCGAAAACCUGCGGCUGCCCCCAAACACACAAGGCCAGCACUCCACCAAGUGGCAUGUCGGCCUCGGAUGGUCUGAAGAGAGGUGAUGAGGAUGCUCGGAAAUUGGCUGCAGAGAUGGCCCAAUAG